AUGGAGCCAUCUGCCUUUCAGAGACCCCCGGUUUCCUUUGAAGAGGUGGCUGUGUUCUUCACACAGGAGGAAUGGGCUCUGCUGGACCUGGCCCAAAGAGCCCUCUACUGGGAAGUCAUGUAUGAAAAUUAUGAGUCUGCGGCUUCUGUGGGACUUCAGGUUUCUGGGCCAGUCCUAGCUUCUUCUCAGCUGCAUCCAAGGGAAAUGGUCCCAUUCCUCUGGAAUUUUAAGGAGCCUGGAGGGUGUACAAAUGUCUUCUUGUCAGAGGGAUCUCCAGUUUCCAGAGAUGACCAUGUCUCUUGCCUAGUGAAAAAGGAAGAGGAGUUUGUCCAAGAUUCCAAAGAAGUAGAGCUACCAUCAGGUGUAGGAAGAUCUCUGAUUUGUAAAGAUGGCAGCCUCUCUGGCCUGGUGAAAGAGGAAGAGCAGUUUAUCCAGGACUCUAAGGAAGCAGAGCUACCAGAAGAUGAUGAAGCCUUGAAGGAGGAGGAAGGCCUUGCCUCAGAAGAAACAGAGGAGACUUUACCAGGAGAAUCUCAAGGUGAUAUUUCCUUCCCAGCUGAGCAGGCGGAAGAUGAGUGGGAGGCAGAGAAUGCAAGGAAUCCAGGAGGGAUGUCUGUAGAAAGAGAAGAAGAUCUGGAGGCAGAAGAAGACCCUGGGAACCAAGAAGGAGCCAAGAAGCAGUGGAGAAGGGAAAUGGAAUCAAAAUGGAAGCAGUGGAAAGAAGCAGUUGCUUAUAAAAGCAAGAACUUGCAUGAAGUCCCAAACCUGGACAAAAUACAGAAGGGAAUGAGAAUUAAGAAAAAUCCAAACAGCUGA